AUGUCGACCAUACGUCAUGGCCUGCAGAAAACGCUCUGCUUGCGCCAAUUGGCAAAGAGCCAGCUUUUGAAGCCACAAUGGCAGCGACCAAGCUUCCAGAUGGGCGUCAAGAGCCUUUCGACUAUCGAGCCCAAAGCCGACCAGAGCGCACCCACGAUCGACAGCAGCCUAACUCUUCCUCCCGAAGAACCAUUUCAGGGAGUCUCGAAGGCUCGGCCAGUUCCUGUCUCUCCAUCAUACUUCUCCAGAGAGCCUCACUUCAACGAUGCCUACAUUAAAUUGUCUGCUCUCCUGCACAAGCACCAGCACCUCCCGACGGCGCCACCGGAGCUAGUUCCCCGUCAAUUGUGGAAGACUCUCAAGGGAUACCGCACAAUGUACGGAGAACCGGUCAAGGCCCUGCCCUACAGCCAGAUUCUGGCUAUGGUCAAGCGGUUACAUCAAAUCCACCCCAGGUUGAUGCCCCGCGAGGUUCAGGAUGCUCUACAGGAAUUCAAGCGAGAUAUCGAUCCUUUCAAGAAUGUCGCGAAGGUCACCCCGCUUGAUAAACACGGACGUGCCCUGGGUGUUGGCCGGAGGAAGACGUCCACUGCGCGCGCCUGGGUUGUUGAGGGUACAGGAGAGGUGCUGGUCAACGGCAAGCCUCUACAUGAAGUGUUUGGCAGAAUUCACGAUCGUGAGAGCGCCAUCUGGGCGCUCCGUAGUACCGCAAGGACAGACAAAUACAAUGUCUGGGCACUUGUGGAUGGCGGUGGCGUGACCGGACAGGCUGAGGCCCUGACAUUGGCCAUUGCCAAGGCCGUGUUGGCUCACGAGCCUGAUCUGAAAAAAGCGUUACGAAAAGCUGGCUGCAUCACGCGCGACGCGAGAACGGUUGAGAGAAAGAAGCACGGUCACGUCAAGGCCAGAAAGAUGCCUGCUUGGGUCAAGAGAUAA